AUGAUUAUGGCGCUCUGGGCAGGAGUGGUUCUCCCGUAUCCUCUCUAUCUUGACUCGUUUACUAACAAGCCCAUCAGAAUCCUGGCUGUGCAAGACAAAAACCUUCUUGCCUCUGAGUUUGUAAAAGACUUUGGAUCAAAUCCAUUCAGGGUUAUCAACAUACUUAAUCCGCACAACGGAUACAAUACAAAGUCGCAGAUGAAUAGAGAUGGGUCUGUCUUCAAGGUAAGGAUAGGAGAGUCCUGGCUUUGCAGAAAUGGAUGGGAUCUUUCGAAGUGUGGGGGCGAAGUAGAUUUCUGGGAAAUAACCAAGGGUGUAGACGGCUACACCAUAUCACAGAAAGGAUACUGUCUGAGUACCAAUGGAAAGGGUAGGCUUGUAUUGGAAAGAUGCAACGGAAGAAGCAGGAGCCAUCUCUUUACUUUUGAGGAUAUGGAGAUUGAGAGCUGCCUGGAUUCGGUUGACCUGGAUGGGAAGCCAAGGACACAGGCAGAGAUGGUCAAGCAGCUCAAGCUCAAGAAGAAGCUUGACGAUUUGAAAAAGAAGGACAAGGCAAAAGCAGAGAAGAUUAAAAAGAAACAGGAGGAAAAGAAUAGCUUUAAGAAGUAUGCAAAGAACAACCUCCCUGACCUCAAAGGAAAAGACGACAUGAAAGAUGUACUUGGAAAGCUAUGGAAUUUUGACUGGAGAAGGCCAAGCUUCUGGCAUCCCUCCUUUCAUUGGUUUGAAUUUCCGUUCUGCAAGAAGCUGUGGUAG